AUGCACAACCCCAACACCAUCGCCUUUGUCGGUGUAGUCAACGCGUCUUUGACGUGGCUGACGUGGGAGAAGUCUGCCUUCUUGGUCGCCCUUUAUUGGUCUGGAAAGAUUCAACUCCCGAGUAGAGAAGCUCAAGAGACUUGGGAGGUAGACAGACUCGCUGAGAAAGGGAAGCAUUUGUUCCAUGUCCUAGAAUUACCCUAUGAGCGAGUCCUAUUAUUCGAUAAACUAAACGAACUAGCUGCUGAGUACCUACAGCAGGAGUCUGCUGAUGAUACACUUCUGCGGGGAUUCCCAUGCGAAUUCAUCCUGGCUUUGAUUGCCGGUCGACCAGCCAAGGUGAGGAAGUAUGGUUUGUCAGAGGAUGUUGGUGGCCGAGGCACUAUUGUCACUGCGAUUCCAGAGACUAUUAGGGAGGCAAAAGCCCCCAGGGUUACUGAUAGAGUGGCUACGGUAACGGUAAACGAGAUUGGCCAUUCUGUCAUUGGUAACACAGCGAUUAGGGCACUAGCAGCUAUACAGUGA